AGCUAUAGUCUUCAGAUGAACUUCGUUUACUUCCAAGGAUCUGUUCCACCUUCUAGCCAUCUCCUCACUUGCUUUGGGCCUGGUGUCAAGUUGUCCUCUCUUUCCCCUCUUACAAGGGUUUGAGCUGUGUUGGUUCGACGUAGCACUCGGCGAAGCCCCUGAUCAGGAUCAAAACCAUGCUGUUGGUUCAACGUUACAAUUCCCAGGUUCGCAACGGAGCUUUGUCCCAGAUACCCGUUCACUUAACGCAGAUCCUUCUCUGUGUCCCGUCAAGCGCACCAAUAUCGUCGUAUGACCCAGUGAUCAGCACUCGCAGACGAAUCACUGCAUCUUGUCAUAACCUUGGUAUGCAAAAGGCUUACCAGGAAGGUGGUGUCAAGCCGUUUCGAAGAUCUUCUGAAUGCAACCCGAACGACUGGUUCUCUGCGAAGAUGUCCAAUUGGUCGAUUUUCACUAUUGCAUGCACGAGGAUGGACCUGUAACGGUUGGAGGAACAGGUUCGGCCAACAGCCAAGCUAUCAUGCCAUGCAUUGACGAGCUCUGGGCACUUCUGUUGCUUUCCUUUCUUUUUUAUUGCUGUUGCUCCCUCCUGAAUCACUCACUCAUUGACAUUACCUACCUUGCUUCCAUUUUCUCAAGUGGAUCAUACACAGGCAUUUCUUUUCACAAAAUCAUUCAUUAUGGCUGACACAACUGUUUCUCACACAAACGGACAUAUCGUCCCGGAAACGGAAUACCGCGGAGCCGAGAAGAAGCUCGAGGCUUCCGUCUCAGCUUUGAGCUCCUCUGGUUCUUCAGACGGCACCCCAGAUGCCAACGGUACGAAGUCGGAAGAGCCCGAUGUAUCCAUCGCUCUGAACGCCGCCAACAUUGAAGCCGUUCCCUCCCUGAUCAAAGAGAUUAAUUCUCUUAGUGGCGAUCUAGAUAGUGAUGACCCGACAGUGCGGCUCAAGCUCAUGGCCAAGGCCAAGAGCCUGUGGCAGUCACUCGAAACUCCCAGAGAGACCAUGCUUCGUCAUGUUUGGGCCGAGCCCUCGCUUCACUGCGCCUUGACGGCUGGUACUGUCAAGGAAGUUUGGACUCAUGUCGCCAAGAUUGAUGGGCCUUUCAAGGUCGCUGAUGUCGCGAAGGAGAAGAACAUUGAGGCUGCUCUUCUUGCCCGUCUUGUGAGACAUGUCUCAUCCAUGGGAUACAUCACCGAGAUUGAUCAGGAUACAUACCAAGCCACAAACUUCAUCAAGUCGAUGGCUUUUCCAUUCAUCAACGCUGGCUACCCUUGCAUUUCCGGAGCCUGUCUCAACGCUCUCGGUCAAUUCCACGAAUGGGCCGACAUCAACUCAUGGAAAGAUGCCACUGACAUAAGCAACUCUCCCCUACAGCUUGGUUACAAGACUGAAAAGACUUUCUUCGAGCAUCUUCACACCAACCCACCGUACGGCCAGCUGUUCCAUCUUCACAUGGGCGGCUACCGUCAAGGUCGACCGUCUUGGAUGGAUCCAGGUUUCUUCCCUGUUCAAGAGAAGCUUAUCGAUGGGUUUGAGAAGUCUGAUGACUCUGCUCUUCUGGUCGACAUUGGUGGCUCUUUUGGUCAUGAUAUUGGAGAGUUUUGCCGCAAGUUCCCUGAUGCGCCAGGUCGUCUCAUCCUCCAGGAUCUACCUGUCGUUAUUGAUCAGAUUACUUCACUAGACAACAAGAUUGAGCGAAUGAAGUAUGACUUCUAUACCGAGCAGCCCAUUAAAGGUGCUCGCGCAUACUACAUGCACUCCGUCCUCCACGAUUGGUCAGACGAGACUUGUCUCAAGAUUCUGGGCCAAGUCAAGGCUGCCAUGAAGCCCGGUUAUAGCAAGCUUCUUAUCAACGAGAACGUCAUCCCUAAUACUGGCGCUCAGUGGGAGGCUACGGCUUUGGAUAUUAUGAUGCUUACUCUACUUGCUUCGCGAGAACGUACCCAACAGAACUGGGAGAAGCUACUUGGAGAAGCUGGACUUAAGAUUAGCAACAUUUGGACCGUCGCGAAUGGAGUCGAGAGUCUGAUUGAAUGCGAAUUGGUUUGAACGGAUAGAAUUCACAGAGUCACGUAGAACACGAUAGAUCAUACAUACACGGCAUGGUGAAUAAAAAUAAAGAUCAUUAGUAUCUCAAAGAAUUCUAGCACUAC